GAGCCAGAGCUGGAGAGGCUUAGCAGCCAGGUGGCCGAAUUACAGAAGAAGCUGCACGACAUGCAGCUGAAGCUGGAUGUUGCAGUUUUAGACAUGGGCGAGCCUAUUAGCCAGGAGAUGGCGAUGCGGCCCCCGCCGCCUGCCGUCAGCCCGCAACUUCCUGGCCCCUGGCGUGAGGAAGGCAUGGAGGAGUUGUUAGAUGAACUCAAGGAGGAGUUCAUGAGCUAUCCAACUGCCGAGGAGUUCUUUGAGCAGCAGAUUGUCAUCAACGGAAGCUGCGAUGCAAAAGACCAGGAUUUCUGCAACAAGAGCGCCGCCCGCCUGGAGGCUGCCCUGAUGGAUCCUUGCCAGGGCUGCGGCUGCCAGAGCCAUCCGACAUUGGAGGAGAAAAGAGAAGCGUACUUGCGCGCCUGUGUUUCCCAGAAGCGUCGCUUUGUUCAGUGGGCAUCCGUCGUUUGCCGAAGACGCCACAAGGAAGAUCCACUCAAGUCCUUUCACGACUGCGUAUCAGCUGGGAUGAACCUGCUCUUCGCGACGAACGAUAAGGCGCCUGCGCAGGAAUGGGCCAAGGCGCCGAGGCACAAAAGCAAUCUCGUCCUCUGGAGCCGCGUGACUUCAGUUCAGCUUUCCAUGGUGCUGAGCGAGAUACCGGAGGGCUUCAUCCUGGGAAACACGCUGUUUGGUGCAGUGGCCGAGCUGCCGGAAGUCGAUCACUUCAGCAACUGCACGUUUCAGGUACAGCAGCCCACGUGGGCUUCGAAUUCCUUGAGCCUGAUCAGCGAAAUGCCGGCGAAGCAGCGAGUUUAUUUUGUCUCGGGCGCCAACCUACUGUCUGACAAAGGGCGGCCGUUUGGCGAGUCGGUGGCUUUUCGUGUGGAGUUGCCCAGCCUCGGUCGCUUUAGCGGCCAUGUGGCUGAGUUGGUUGUGCUGAACGUCCACCCAGAGACCAAGAUAGAGCAAUUGGCCACCGCUGUGCGUGCCGCCGUCAAGGUGCCGGAUGAUAAGCUGCGCAUCCGAGUCAACGAUUGCAGCCAUUGCGUGGACCGAAUCGGCACCGGAUGCAUCGCGCGGUGCGUGGACCAAGUGAAAACCUUCCUACCAUCGAUGCUCGAGAAGGUGACCCGGAAUGAAACCGUUCUCAAGAGCCUGAUUGUCAAGGGCGACGCACGCCUUGCUGCGGGACUGGUGAGGAAUGGCGUCAGUUUUGAUUAUCUCCGGAACCUCACCGAGCACGUCAUCGACCCCCAUCUCUUCGUGGCCCCCAGCCUUGGGGAGCUGGCCAAGGACGACGCCGACCUGGCAGAACGGAUCCUGCGAUCCAUGUCGCCGGAGCAAAAGGACCUCAAUGACUUGUUGUUUGAUUCAGCCUUGUAUGGCGAUGGAGAUGUCAAGCUGUCCAGACUACUGCUACGCCUGGGAGCGGAAGUGAACUCCACCAGUUCAGGGGUGGCGGGCCACCGAGGUCUUCCCGAAUAA